AUGUCGAACAACACGGAAGCCGAGAUGACGAGCUCCACCGAACAAAACGUUAGCCUAGGUUUCUAUAUCGCCAUCAUUGUAACUGGUUUAAUGGGCAAUAGUUUGGUGAUCGCUGUCAUUUCUAGCAAGAGGACCAAAAGAUCCAUCUAUGAUCUCUUUAUUUUGAAUCUUGGCAUUACCGACUUGUCGUUCAUCAUCUUUUACAUGCCAAUCCUUAUUUACGAGGGGUAUAUCAACAUCAUUUACAAAACUGUCUAUUAUUGUCGACUUGUUCAGCCUUUGUUGACAAUCUUUUAUUUCUUGAGCAUCUUCACCAUCUCUUCCAUGGCAAUCCAUCGUUGCAGGCUGAUUACAAAUCUGUACAAACCCAAAAUGAAAAAACGAAGUGGUUACCUGUGGAUCGCUGCUAUCUGGCUCUCUUCUUUAAUUAUCGUGCUGCCAUUGUCCAUUGUCACAAAAUCGAAAAACGGGCGAUGUAACGAGGAAUGGCCAUCACUGAACCAUCGCAAAGCCUACACACUGGCUCUUUUCAUUCUUCAGUUUGUUAUUCCGCUUCAGAUAAUCGCUGCAGCGUACCUUAAAAUCGGCAUCUACUUGUGGCGCUCACCUGUUCCGCAAAGUUCCCUUUCCACUGCUAAGAAGAAGCGGGCACAGAGGAGAAAAAGGGAGAACAUGCUGGUUAUCAAAACACUGGCUUUGAUCGUGAUUCUGUUCACCAUCUGCUUACUGCCGGGUCAAAUUGGUUAUCUUUUAUGGGAAUUUGGAGAUGAAGAAGACCAAGCCACGAUGGACAUCAUUUUCAAAUUUGCCAUUAUUCUCGAUUGCCUUCAUGCUUGUGUGAAUCCGAUCGUUUAUGGACUGAUAACUGAACAGUUUCGCAGAGAAUACAUCAGAUAUCUUUCGUUUUGUCUGUCAUGCGGCACAGAAGAAAAGAACGUUGUACGUCGCAACGACGAUUUGGAGAGCCCAGAUAGGAUUUUAUCGUCUGAAACCAACAGAACAAAACCACCCAAUUGCAAAGACGUAGUUGAAAUGAUGCCGGAUCAGAACGAGUACAACACAUAA